AUGUCGUUCGGCGGGCAAACCCCCACCAUCAUCGUGCUGAAAGAAGGCACCGACUCUUCUCAGGGCAAGGGACAGAUCAUCACCAACAUCAACGCAUGUCUGGCCGUCCAGAACACCAUCAAGCCCACUCUGGGCCCCUACGGCGGUGACCUGCUCAUGGUUGACGAGAAUGGCAGGCAGACCAUCACCAACGACGGCGCCACCGUCAUGAAGCUCCUCGACAUUGUCCACCCCGCCGCCCGCAUCCUCGUCGACAUCGCGAGAUCACAAGACGCCGAGGUCGGCGACGGCACCACCUCCGUCGUCGUCCUGGCCGGCGAGAUCCUCAAGGAGAUCAGAGAGCACGUCGAGCAGGGCGUCAGUUCCCAGAUCAUCGUCAAGAGUCUGCGCAGGGCCUCGGCCAUCGCCGUCAACAAGAUCAAGGAGAUUGCCGUCCGGACGGACGAGGGAAACAAGCGCGACACCCUGACCAAGCUGGCCGGUACCGCCAUGACCAGCAAGCUCAUCAAGAGAAACACCACAUUCUUCACCAAGAUGGUCGUCGACGCCGUCUUGUCCCUGGACCAGGACGACCUCAACGAGAAGCUGAUCGGCAUCAAGAAGAUCCCCGGUGGCUCUCUGACCGACUCCCUGUUUGUCAACGGUGUCGCCUUCAAGAAGACCUUCUCCUAUGCCGGUUUCGAGCAGCAGCCCAAGUCCUUCGAGAAGCCCAAGGUCGUCUGCCUGAACGUCGAGCUUGAGCUCAAGGCCGAGAAGGACAACGCCGAGGUGCGCGUGGAGCAAGUAUCAGAAUACCAGGCCAUCGUCGACGCCGAAUGGCAAAUCAUCUUCAAGAAGCUGGAGGCCGUCUACAAGACUGGCGCCAAGGUUGUCCUCUCCAAGCUCCCCAUCGGAGACUUGGCCACCCAAUACUUUGCAGACCGUGACAUCUUCUGCGCCGGACGCGUCUCCUCCCAGGACAUGGAGCGGGUCGUCCAGGCUACUGGUGCCACCGUCCAGUCAACAUGCUCCGACAUUCAGCCCCAUCACCUGGGUGUCUGCGGCAAGUUCGAAGAGCGCCAGAUCGGUGGCGAGCGCUUCAACUUCUUCGAGGAGUGCCCGGAGGCCAAGACGUGCACCCUGGUUCUCCGUGGCGGUGCCGAGCAGUUCAUUGCGGAGGUCGAGAGAUCUCUCCACGACGCCAUCAUGAUUGUCAAGCGUGCCAUCAAGAACCAGAUGAUCGUCGGUGGUGGUGGCGCUUGCGAGAUGGAGAUCUCGGCCUACCUGCACAGCUUUGCCGACAAGAAGGUGCCGCACAAGCAACAAGCCAUCAUCAAGUCGUUCGCCAAGGCGCUCGAGGUCAUCCCGCGCCAGCUUUGCGAUAAUGCCGGCUUUGAUGCCACAGACAUUUUGAACAAGCUUAGAGUGGAGCACCGCAAGGGCAAGGUGUGGGCCGGCGUUGACUUCACGAACGAGGGCGUUGCAGACAUGAUGGAGAGAUUUGUGUGGGAGCCCGCCCUGAUCAAGAUCAACGCCAUCCAAGCAGCGACCGAGGCCAGUUGCUUGAUCCUGGGAGUUGAUGAGACCAUCAGGAAUGAGGAGAGCGCGCAACCUCAAGCCCCUGGAAAGCCCCUGCCCCCGGGUGCUGCUCAGAGAGCACUUAGAGGACGUGGACGUGGCAUGCCCAGACGGUAA